AUGAACAAGUUGAUCAUUCUUGCAGCCACUGCCGCCCUUACCACCCUAAGUGGUCCUGCUACCGCCGACGAAGACAGUUGCGUGUUGAUAGACUUCACCGCCGAAGAGGAAGAGUUUGCCGACUUGAACGAUGGUAUCAAAACUAGUAAAGUUGGUAAAUUGCUCGGCUCGAUUCUCGGAAGUUACGACCCCUUGGUUCGAAGCAAAAUCGCGCUUCGAGGGUUCAACUACAGCGCUCUGGGCCAAGAUCUGACAAUCUCGACCGCCAUCGACUCGAUUAACAUCACCGGUCUGACGAACUUUGUCCCGCAAGAUAUCAACGUGACUUCGCCGAAUUCUGUUUCGAUUUCAACUGCCUCAUCUGGCCAGGUGACUGUCGACGCUCAAUUGAGUGCUACGGUUGAGGAGAAGGAUGUCUCUGCAACAGCUCACCUGCAGUUUGUGCUGGAACAGCCGACGAUCACGGUCGAAGUUGAAGCGAAUAUGUACGCUUGCGCGCCGGAUGUGUCUGCCUCGGUGUGUUCAAACCUGACAAUUGCGGAUCUUCAGACUGACCUGGAGAGCGCAACCAAUAAACGACACUUUGUGAACAUCAUGAAGGAGGUGCUGAUGAGAUUCAAGGACGCGUCUGUGAAAUCGUUCACGCUUGACUUCGAGUCGAUCUCGGAUUUUGACUUGAGCUUCGACAGCUCGAGCUUCGUGUUCCGCAAUCUCUUGCGUCUCGUUCCGGACUACUCGGCUGAGGAUAUCAACAAGAAAGGCUCGAUGUACGAAACGUACGUGACGACAAUGAAUCGCCAUGCUCCCACAGUGCUGAACUAUCUGAUUGACGCCACACUAGAGCCUUUGUUUGGUGCGACGUGCCUGUCGGAAGAAUAGACGAAGCAGGUUACUGCGAUCCCUAAACUUUACCAAUGUAGGUCGCAACGUGAACGUUGCUCAGAGGCACAGGAGUGGUCAACAAAUGACACGUCUCCUGCUUGAUCAAUCUUAAAUUGAUUCCAU